ACGUGAACCAGUCACGGUUCACGUGAGCCGCGCUGCUGUCAUUCUGCGGCAGCUUGGGCUUCCUUCUACCUGUGCCCCCUCAACGUCUCCUUGGUGCCGGAAUCCCGUCACUUUUCCUGCCCUGAAGUCUCCAGCUGUCGUUCAAGCCCCGGGAAUCGGCAGGAGCGCCAACUUGGCUCCGACUCGGCGCCCCAGACUGGCUGCGGCCCCGACACACCGGCCGCCGCACCCUUCUCGUCUUCAUUGGGUGCGUUGUGGAGUCCCCAGGAUUCAAGAGGCCUCAGUCAGGUUUGCGGAAAGGCACAGCCUUCUCCUCAAGGCGAAGGAACGUUGAAAGAUCUGUUAAAAAGCAUUCAAGAUCAUAAAAUUUAGAUGACCAAAAUGGAUAUUCGAGGUGCUGUGGAUGCUGCUGUUCCAACCAACAUUAUUGCAGCCAAGGCUGCAGAAGUUCGAGCCAAUAAAGUAAACUGGCAGUCCUAUCUUCAGGGGCAGAUGAUUUCUGCUGAAGAUUGUGAAUUUAUUCAAAGAUUUGAAAUGAAAAGAAGUCCUGAAGAGAAGCAAGAAAUGCUUCAAACAGAAGGCAGCCAGUGUGCUAAAACUUUUAUAAAUCUGAUGACUCAUAUCUCCAAAGAACAGACAGUGCAGUACAUACUAACUAUGGUUGAUGAUAUGUUGCAGGAAAAUCACCAGCGUGUCAGCAUUUUCUUUGACUAUGCAAAACGUAGCAAGAGCACUGCCUGGCCCUACUUUCUGCCAAUGUUGAAUCGUCAGGACCCUUUUACUGUUCAUAUGGCAGCAAGAAUUAUUGCCAAAUUAGCAGCUUGGGGAAAAGAACUUAUGGAAGGCAGUGACUUAAAUUACUAUUUCAAUUGGAUAAAAACUCAGCUGAGUUCACAGAAACUUCGUGGUAGCGGUGUUGCUGUUGAAACAGGAACAGUCUCUUCAAGUGAUAGUUCUCAGUAUGUGCAGUGUGUUGCUGGGUGUCUGCAGCUGAUGCUCCGGGUCAAUGAGUACCGCUUUGCCUGGGUGGAAGCAGAUGGGGUAAACUGCAUUAUGGGAGUUUUGAGUAACAAGUGUGGCUUUCAACUCCAAUAUCAAAUGAUUUUUUCAAUAUGGCUCCUGGCAUUCAGUCCUCAAAUGUGUGAACACCUGCGUCGCUACAAUAUCAUUCCUGUCCUCUCCGACAUCCUCCAAGAAUCUGUCAAAGAGAAAGUAACAAGAAUCAUUCUUGCAGCAUUUCGUAACUUUUUAGAAAAGUCAACUGAAAGAGAAACUCGCCAAGAAUAUGCUUUGGCUAUGAUUCAGUGCAAAGUUCUGAAACAAUUGGAGAACUUGGAACAGCAGAAGUAUGAUGAUGAAGAUAUCAGUGAAGACAUCAAAUUUCUUUUGGAAAAACUUGGUGAAAGUGUCCAGGACCUUAGCUCAUUUGAUGAAUAUAGUUCAGAACUUAAAUCUGGAAGGUUGGAAUGGAGUCCUGUGCACAAAUCUGAGAAAUUUUGGAGAGAGAAUGCUGUGAGGCUAAAUGAGAAGAAUUAUGAACUCUUGAAAAUCUUGACAAAACUUCUGGAGGUGUCAGAUGACCCACAAGUCUUAGCUGUUGCAGCUCAUGAUGUUGGAGAAUAUGUACGACAUUAUCCACGAGGCAAACGGGUUAUUGAGCAGCUCGGUGGGAAGCAGCUGGUAAUGAACCACAUGCAUCAUGAAGACCAGCAGGUCCGCUACAAUGCUCUGCUGGCUGUGCAGAAGCUCAUGGUGCACAACUGGGAAUAUCUUGGCAAGCAGCUCCAAUCUGAGCAGCCUCAGACUGCUGCAGCUCGAAGCUGAACUGUCUUCUUCCACCUUCCCCUUACCGGUGAGGACUACCUGGAGUGGGAACCUCAGUAUUUAGGGUCAAGAAUAUAGUUUUUAAUUUUACUUGUGAUUUUCUUCUGUUGUGUAGCUGUUUCCAGUACUGAUUUUGAAAAAGUGUUCACUUGUUCAAUUGUAUAAAAGUAGGUGUUUUCUGUAUCUAAGGAAAAUAUUACUGUUACAUAUACUGCUUGCAAUUUCUGUAUUUAUUGUUCUAUGAAAAUUAAUAUAGUUAUUAAAGAAUUCUCACUCCAGAUGUUUUAUUUUUCAUUCUUAUUCCUUACUUGGACUUUAAACAAAAGUCACCUGUUAUCCCUUUCAAACCAGAUUGAGAGAAUUGUUGCAAAGUAGUGAAUGGCAAAUAAAUGUUUUGAAAUUA